UGAAAGUGGAAUUGAUAGUGAAAGUGAAAAGAUGAUGGAGAUCCAUCCAUCCAAAGAAGUGAAAGAACGGUUACAUUAGAGAUGGUUGAUUUGGUAAAGUGGAACUUUAGGUGGCUGGAGUGGGGCCCGGGCAGUCCAACACCGACCUUCUUUGUCUUCCUCCUCAGCACAGUAUGCUCUGCAACGCCUUUUGCUAUAUUCUCUUCUGCAUGGAUGGAUGGAUUUGGUUCUCCUCUAUCUCUCUCUCUUUCUUCACAUGUAAUGGGGCACACCCAAAUCUGUAAAGACUAAAGAAUCUCUCUAGAAAGAUAAAUAUUCUUGGCUAGCUAGCUGGGUCUCACUAUCUGGGAGGGGGGUGGGGGGGGGGGCUAUUCCUCUCUGAAUUCCAAGAUUUUGCUCCAUUUCCACUUUUCUUCAAUCCAUCAGGAUCGAAUUGGUAAUAUAUUGAUGAUCUUUGGGUGUUUGAAUUGCAACGCGGGAGUGGUUUAUUUCGGGGUUGUUUAAUGGGGGGUGUGAGUUCUAAAAUCGAAGAAGAUAAGGCGUUACAGCUCUGUCGUGAGCGGAAAAAGUAUGUUCGACAAGCACUCGAUGGCAGGUGUUUUUUAGCAGCUACCCAUAUUGCUUACAUAGAGGCGUUGAAAAUCGCGGGAACUGAUUUAAGAAAGUUCGUUGAACCCGAAGCUUCGAUCUAUACUUCAACCGAUGUUAUACCUCAGCCACUUGCAUUGCCCGGGGGAAAGUCUCCUUCCCAGUUCUCGUCCCCGUCUAUCUCACGAGGCGUGGAUGGAUCUCGGAAUAUAUUCCCGUCCCCUUCGCCUCCCACCUCUGCAAGAUACCACGCAAAUCACAUGAAGUUUAGAGGUUCGUUUUCGAGGAAAGUCGAAGAAAUACCCGUUGUCCCGGUUACUAUAUCCGUUACUUCCAACGCCCCUCAGAGCCCCGGGAAGCCCGAAACGUCACUAUCAGAAGCCCCUCCCGUCUCGUUAGAAGCUCCAGAAUGGGACUUUUUCGGUCUCGAUCAUGGUCAUGCAUCUAGCAAUCGUUUUUCCCCGAAAGAAGCAACGGGAGAGAAUGCAACCGAGACUGGAUAUGACGGGGCUUCUCUAUUGGAAGAUGAAGAACCGAAUUUUUCCUCCCCUAGAAGGGUCGAGUCACACGAGUCGGAUGAUGAAUUUGAUGACCCUCCUACAGAAACAUUGGUUCGAAGCUUCGAAAAUGUUAAUAGGACGAUGGAUAAUGCUGCAAAUUCUUUGAACGGGGAGAGCAAUUCACCUAAUCCGUCCCCGUUAAGACGUCCAUCUCGAGGACUAGUCGGGAACGGUGUGACAACGACCCCGGGAAGAGAAAACAAUCCCGAGAAUAAGGUUGCUUCAAAGGACUUCCUUUCCAGCAUGAAAGAUAUCGAGCUCCUCUUCGUUAAAGCGUCGGAUUCAGGACGAGAAGUACCCCGGAUGCUCGAAGCAAAUAAAUUCCAUUUUCGUCCAAUUUUUCCCGGGAGAGAAAGUGGUUUAAUAUCGAAAACAUUGUUAAAAUCUUGUUUCUCUUGCAGUGAAGAUCCUAGCCAAGUUCCCGAAGAACCUCCUCAUGCCUCUAUUAAGUAUCUGACUUGGCACCGGACCGCAUCAUCACGUUCUUCGUCUUCCAGAAAUCCACUCGGUGUGAACUCAGCAGACGAUGUUGAAGAUGUCUCGAAUAACCUUUUCGAUAACUUCUGUAUGAAUUCGGGGAGUCAUGCUUCGACCUUAGAUCGGCUGUUUGCUUGGGAGAAGAAGCUUUAUGACGAAGUUAAGGCUUGUGAGAUGGUCAGAAGUAUAUAUGAUUCGAGGCGCAAGGUGCUUAGACAGCUAGAAUCGAAGGGAGAAAGUUCACGAAAGAUUGAUAAAGUACGCGCUGUGGUGAAGGAUCUGCACUCGAGAAUUGGCGUUGCCAUCCACCGAAUCAACUCCAUCUCGAGGAAAAUCGAGGAAUUGAGAGACAAAGAACUUCAACCUCAGCUCGAGGAGUUGAUUGAAGGAUUAAGGAGAAUGUGGGAAACGAUGCUCGAUUGCCACAAACUUCAGCUCCACAUUGUAUCGAUAGCCCAUUCCCCCGGGAACAUCAAGGUCUCUAUGAAUUCAGAUUCACACCGGGAGACUAUUAUCGACCUUGAAAACGAGCUGAUUUCGCUAUCCUCGAGCUUUAUGAAGUGGAUAGGUGCUCAGAAAACGUACGUGGAAGCGAUUCAUAUGUGGCUCUUGAAGUGUGUAUUUUUUGAAGACAAAUCUUCCAAGAAGAAAAGGAAACAGCUACUACCUGCCCGAAAGGUCGGUCCACCGAUAUAUGCCAUAUGUAGUGUCUGGAUGGACAUGUUCGAGUCUUUGCCCACGAAAGACGUGGUCGAUGCCACGAAGAGCUUAGCAGCUGAAGUCACUCGUUUCUUGCCCCGCCACGAGAAAAAUCAAGCCAAGGGUGCUAAUCCUCCCCCACGAGACGAUGCCUCGGGGGACUUCAUUGCAGGGUAUGAUCGUUUCCAAACGAGCUUCGCUACUUUCCUUGCUCAGCUAACCAAAUUCGCAGAGUCUUCUGUUAAAAUGUUCACUCAUCUCCAGAAGGCCACUCAAGACGCUAAAAGUGUCUAUGCUCGAGUGAAAAUCAUGAGCCACGAGAACAGCAUUCCUUCUCACGAGAAGGAUCCGGAACCAUGAAAUGGCAUCGAAUGCUUAAUAAAACCAGACUGCACAGAUACAGGAAACAACGAAUCGAACCAUCAUUAUUAUGUCGUAUGUAUAGAUCGAGGCGGGAAUAAAAAGAGGUAAACUUAUUUUGAGCUUUUACAUCACUGCUUGACUGAAGAUAUGAAAUAAUGGAGCUCAGUAUAGUCAUUCAUAUAUAUUAUGUUUUAGGCAUAGUUAAACUUGUAAAAGGAGAUAUAGAUAGUGAUGAAGAGAUUAUGGUCUAUUGUGGGGAACUGUAUUUGUUGUAUAUAUUCAUCUUAAAUAAUCAAUCUUUUGGUUCCUUUAA